UUUCGUUUUUCGCCUGCUGCGUGCGAAGGAGAGAGAGGAAAAAACGGCUCUCAGCAAAGCAACAAGAAGGAAGAGCAAUGGCGACACUGGAUCGCCAAAUACCAAGUCCGGAUACCUUCCUUUGCGAGCCUUGGUCUUCCUUCGUCAGUGCGGCUAAAUUACGUUUUGUUGACAACGCAGACUCGUCCUCGGAUCACAGCGACAGAGAGCUUUACUGCCUCGGUGAAGCCGUGAAGCUCGGCAAAGAAGAGAUGUUUGUCUACAGCCAGUUUCCAGCACUGGAGGAUUUUUCUCUUGUUGUCUGCCAUGUCUGCAAUAAGGUGGUCACUCCUCAGGGCAUACUCACACACUAUGAGAAGCGCCACAGCUCCCCCGUCCCUUCCAGGGGCCCCCUGGUCCCCAUGAAGCCCAAAGCCCCCGCAGUGGCCCAUGCUGUGGCUCCCAGUCCCGGGGACACGCUGGCUUUCAGGGUGCCUAAAGAUUACCCCCACUCCCGCUUCAGCAAGGCGCCACUGGCUGUGUAUCCACCAAAGGGAGCACGGAACAAGACGUGUGUAUCGCUUCCAGUUGUAAGCCUGGAGAAGAUGCCCUGCCUCAGCCGAGCCGAUUCAGCGUCCCAUGUGCGCCUCACCUCUUCCUCCUCCUCCUCUUCCACCUCCUCCUCCCCUUCCUCGCUCAAACCCCCAUCCCUCGCCCCACUGGCAUCUCAGCGCCCCGGCGAGAAGCUCACAAACGGCCGUGGCGCCACCAGCGGGCCGUCCACGCCGCGGUCCGCCACGCCCCCCUCCUCUCUGGAUGGGCGGCCCAGCCCGGCCCGCUCUCCGCUGGACAGGCGCCCGUCGUCCACGCCCUCUCCCUCCCCGCUGGACCGGAAGCCCUCCCCGUCUCCUUCGCCCUCUCACCGAUCCGGCGGCAUGCCGUCAUUGUCGCCGUCGCUGUCUUCACUGCCGUUGGAAAAGAAGCACCAGAAUGGGACUAAGACUUCCUCCAGGUCGCACAAAAGACUCUCAGGGAGAGUGUUUGAUCCUAACAAGCACUGUGGAGUCCAGGACCCAGAGACUAAACGACCCUGCACGCGGUCUCUCACCUGCAAGACUCACUCCUUAACCCACCGCAGAGCCGUCCCCGGCCGGAGGAAAAACUUCGACGUCCUCCUGGCCGAACACAAGGGGCGGGCGAAGGAGAAGGAGGGAGCGAAGGAGAAGGAGAAAGAGGGAGGGAAGGAAGGAUGCAGCCAGAGCGUCACGUCGCAAGAGAGCCCCAGCAAGCCUCACUGCCCCAACGGACGACCCCUGUCCACGCUGAAGCUUCGGCUGGCAAACGCACACAUACCCAGGGUUCCGGGCGGCUCCACCACCUCCACCUCCAGUCCUCUGCCUCUAGCGCCAGUCCCUCCCACGGCCCCCAACGCGGAGCUGUCCCCUCACGGCUGGGUGACGGCAGCGGGAGACGGCGGGCGGCUCUCCAGCGACGAGGGAGACGCUGAGACUCCGGAGGACACCGACAGACCUGCCUUUCACUACUCCAAUCACCACCCACAGCCUUUAGGGUUUUGUGUAUUCAGCAGCAGGCUCAUGGGACGGGGCCACUACGUGUUCGACAGGCGAUGGGACAGGAUGAGGCUGGCGCUCCAGAACAUGGUGGAGAAGCACCUCAAUGCACAGAUGUGGAGGAAGGUGCCUCUGGCUGCUGAGAGCCUCUUCUCCUUCUCCUCCUCUGGUACUUCCUCCCUCUCUUCCCAGCAGAGCCCCUCUCCCACCUCCGUCACCUCUCCCCUCCUCCCCUCCCCCUCCAACUCCCUCUCCUACACCGCCACCUUCCCCCAGUCCUCGUCCACGGCCGGGGUGUUCAGCAUCCGAGACGCCCCGCAGCCCCUCUCCCUCGUCUCCGCACCGGGCAAAGCUCGCAACGGCACCCACAAAGCCAGCCGCCCUCCCAAAGAGGCGGAGGACUCCACGGUGGGGUCGAAGAAGAGAAAAAACUCUUCCCUCUUUUCCUCAUCCCUCUCUUCGCCUUCUUCCUUGUUUUCGACCGUGGAUAAUCACAAAAGGAACGGCAGCAGCUAUCAUCCAACGUUACAAAGUUCAGGGGGCACAGCUGCCUCCCCGGCCAAGAAAAAGGGACUCGGGCGCGGGGGCAGCGGGCUUUGGCGCAGCGGAGAUGACUGGCUAUCUAGAUCUGAUGGGUCUCAAAGCCACAACUCACAGAGCAGUCGUGAUCUUGGCACCACCAGCAUACCCUACUCACCCUCCAGGGAGCCCGCCUCCACCCCUCAUCAGCCCCUGGCUCCCCUCUCAGGACCCUUGGCUUAUGGGGGAGGAGCAGAGGGGAGGAAGAGGAGGAGUCCCAGCUCUUACAGAGGGAAGGCCAGCAAGCUGAGCCGGACGGGCGGACUGGAGAGCCUCUUUGGGAAAGGAAACGACAUUGGGGGGAUACUGGCUUCAGGGCCUGAGUCCCCGAGACAGGCCAAGUUGCAUCACUGACAGGAACCUGUUUCAUGGACAGAAUGUUGGGCAGCUGUGCAGGCCACCACCGUUUGUGACCUUUGACCUCACCACUCUUCCACUGACAGCACCAAUCAGACUGCCUCAUCUCAGUGAUGCCACCCCCGUUUUACCCAAUGACUGCUCAGUUCACCCGCUGUGACGUCGGGUUCUCUGGAGUCUUUGCUCACAGUUGGGGCCUGGCAGUUCGCUUCCACUCUCCAUCUCUAAUUAUGGAUAGUUUUGAUGGGAGGCUGCCCUGCAUCACCGCGGUCAUGGUCAUUUCAGAACAAGAUGGUGGGAUCCAAAAACUUGGCCUCUGAAAAGGGAAUUUGCCUCACGACAUUUUCGAGGCGUUAUCAAUAAUACCACCACUGUACAAUUUUGGGGAGGCAUGAUUUCUUUUUUUUAACAAUCAGUUUAUUUUCUGGUUGCUCUGACCAUGUUCCUGGUUGCUGUGUUCAGUCAGCGGACAAGAGAGGAGGUCUGUGAUUGUAUUUGGGAGUUAUAUGGUUGAAGGACCUACUGACACGACUACUGCAGGACUACGACUUCAGCUAUGUCCCCCCCCCGCAUCCUCAUCCUUUAGCUCUCCCUCCUCAAAGAUGAAGGAGACAGCAGCAGUUUUAGUUGGGUUUUAUCCAGCUUUCCCCUCUCUUUCAACCUUAUUCUCUCCAUCUCUCUUCACCACUCUUCAUAUGAAACAACUAAUCCCACAAUUCUAAAAUCCUCUUCUUUUUUUACUUCCUGUCCCUCAUUCAUCCAUCCCAGCAUGGCCGUGUUCAAAGUGCACUUACUGCCCUCGCUUCCCUCCUCGCUGACUCCAGAGCAGUCUCCAGCAGUGCCACGAAAGGACCUGUUCACAAGGGAAGAAAACAGAAAACGUCUGUGUUACCGACGACGCUGCGUCAAAGCAUUGUAAUUUCAAUAUAGGAAGAAAUCCGAUUUAAUUUGAAGAUCGUCUUGUUUUUUUCUUCAUUCUGGUUUAAAUGUUGCAAGAAACACAAACUCCUGUCUGUGUGUCAGGACUUGCACCUAUAAUGGAAUUAUUACUACGGUGUUGGAUUUUUUUUGUUUUGUUUUUUUUGUAUAAUAAUUUAAAUUUCUGUUCUUAAAUGAUGUUUGUUUUCUAACUGACCAUUGAGGUUUCAGCUACAGAGACAUUUUGAGCAAAAAAUAAUUUCUAUGGCAUUUUGAAGAAAUGUUGAAAGUAUUAUGAUAGUUCAUAUUGUUACAAAUGUGUACAUAUCUGUUAUUAUUUUUGUAUUUAUUAAUAAUUGUCCCCUUUUACUAGAUAUGAGCUAAAGGGGGGGGUGUUUUUUUUUAACCCUCCUACCUUGGUCUGUGUUUAAUAAUAUAGAUGAGAGUGGUCUGGUUUCUCAAAACCUUCAAGAAUUUGUUCAUUAGCUUUAAGUUUUGAAAUUCAUGCUAAUUAACAGCCACACACACACACAGACUGUGUUUAUGUCAUUUCCAUUCAGCUGUAUUUCCAAGUAACAACAACCUGUGGUCAGUUCUAUGAAUUAUUUUAUCAGGCAAGUUCUAAUGACUAACUUUAGCUAAUUCAAUUUUCUACAUCUCCCAUGCUGAGCCCCAAGUCCACACUAACUGUAGUCAGAAUACUCUUUACUAGUCAUUAUAGUGUACUGUUAGUGUACAAGAAAAUGUUCUGUACUAACAGGAAAUGAUCAAAUACGUGCACCGACAGAUGUCAGUCAAAUUGCUACUUUGGACAUUAGGCUUUUUUCCCCAUAGAGUAAAAAUGGUGUCUCGCCACUGCCUGCAGUUUAUUUACAGUUUACAUUUUACAAUUUACAUUUUAAGCCAGUUCUGUCCAUUAGCAGCACACUUAACAAACAGAAUGCUAACUUUUUAAUCUUUUACACUACAUACUCUAAACCUAGUUAGAAUCAGUGUGUAGUUUGGAAUUGGGACAAAGCUGCAGUGUUCAGUUCUCAGUUGUCAUCACAUGACCUUAAGUAUUUCAGUCACUGUAUUGAUUGAUUGAUUAUUAUGUGAGAUGUUGGUCAGGCCCUGUUAUGUGGAGCUAAGUGGACAGUUAGGCUUCUAUACUAGUAUUUCCUCUUCUCAUUUCUAGUGGCUACCACCCCAGUACACACAACAUGUAUCUGAGGCGCACUAAUGAAAAAAAGGUUGGUUUUGUGAAACCAGGCAGUGGUUAGUAUUGUCAUACAAAGGGCCCCACAUUCCUGUCUGCCUGUGGUUCUACCCUUUUUCUUCCCAUGUUCAAAACUGUAUUUUCAAGCCGUCUUUAUCUUUAAAGGCCGAUGGGGGAGAUCGUCUAACAGCUCUCAGAUCAGUUCAACAAUACCAGCUCAGUGGUCUUUUAUUUUACUGUAGAUACACGUGGUUUAUCUGGGUACUCGCAGUGUACAGUUAACAUACCUACAAUUACAAUAUUAGCAUUUUGUUUUUCACAGUUUUCUCUGUUUUGCAGCCUGUUGCCACCUGCCGUGCUUGUUAAAGUCAACAAACUCACUAUGAAAGACCAACAGAUACACUAGUAUGUAGAUGGUUCAUAUUGCUUUACCAGCUGAAAAUCAUAGUGUGGUUGGAGAGCUCAGUGUCUUCUCACUUGUAUCUACAGAUCAAAGAUGACAGAGAUGUUUUUGGGAAAUGCCACCCUGACUUACUGUUUAUAGUAAUAGAAAUGAAAGGUUACAGUUUGUUGCAGCUAAAAUUAAGACGAAGCUCAUGGAUGUUGAUUUCAGAGCAGUUGUAUAUUGUCUUUGCUGUUAAAUUCUAUGGAGGUAUUAAUAGUUUUUUAAACCCUCCCUGUUCCUUUUUUUGCACUUUGUCAUAAUGCCCAGAUCUUUAAUCAACUUCUAUUUAUAUAAAUAUUUGAGAUAUUAAAAAAAAAUCUAUAUAUAUUUGUAAAAGUGUUUCUGGCAACUACAGUGAAAGAUGAUGAAGAGUAUAUUCUUGGUGAGUUGGCUCCUGAACCAGCACACUGUUGUUUUUUUUAUCUGAUCCAAACUGUGGUGAAUGUUGAAUGUCUGAAAAAUGCCUUGUUAAAUUUGGGGUUUAUUCAAUCUCACUGCGGUUGGACCAGAAAAUGAAUUUCCCAUCAAAACAGUUUAACACUUGCUGUAAAAAACGGUCUUAUAUCCGAGCUUUUAUUAAAUGAUUGAACGUGAA